UUGCAAAGCAAUGUGAUCCAAUGUGCCAUAGGGACGCAAGUGCACCCAUUCGUGUGGCGACUAGGGUCAGGAAAUAAUGCAUAAUGGUUCUUACACGACAAACCUCCGCCUCUUUGGGUUCCAAACCCGAGCAUGGCGUACCUGAUAUGACAGUAAUCUCGGAUAUUGAUGAGUUUGGGAUUAACAAGAACCUCCAAAUUCGUUAUCAACGUGAUGAAAUUUAUACCUAUACCGGUUCAAUACUUGUCGCCGUCAAUCCCUACAAGGAGCUUUGCAUAUAUGACUCGGAAUAUGUCUUCCGCUAUCAUGGGCAAAAACUGGGCGCUCUUCCACCCCAUGUGUUCGCCCUGGCCGAAUCGGCCUACAAGUCCCUUCAAAACGAAAGCAUCAAUCAGAGCCUAGUCAUUUCCGGCGAAUCCGGAGCGGGAAAAACCGAGUCAACCAAAUUCAUUCUGGAAUACCUGUGCUCAGUCACUGCCAACAUCUCGACUUGGGUCCAACAACAAAUUUUGGAGGCCAAUACUAUCUUGGAGGCCUUCGGCAAUGCAAAAACCAUCCGGAAUGACAACUCCUCACGAUUCGGUCGUUUCAUGCAAGUGUGCUUUGAUCCCAAGUACAAGAUACGAGGCUGCGUGAUCCAAGACUAUCUUUUGGAACAAUCGCGAAUCACCACUCAAGCGGGACAUGAACGGAACUACCACAUUUUCUACCAAUUGAUUGCAGCAGCCCAAAGAGACAAAGAACUAGCGCAGAAAUACUUCUUGAAAUCACCCUCGGAAUAUGCCUAUCUGAACCAAUCUGGUUGCACAACAUUGGAGGGUGUGGACGAUGCCGUUAAAUUCGAUGGCCUGCGCCUGGCCUUUGAAGUGGUUCAGAUUCCAGCCCCGGUCAUUGACGAUAUUUUCUCUGCCGUUUCUGCCAUUCUAUGGCUUGGGAACCUUGAAUUUCAAGAUUCCGAAGACGAGACUGCAGCCUUAUCUCUCAAAGACAAAGAUUAUAUCGAAACCAUUGCCAAUCUUCUUGGGCUGGAGUCUCAAGAUCUCACUCAAGUUGUUCUUUGCCGUCAAAUUAACAUCCGAGGAAACGUGACGGAAAUACCCUUAAAAUACAAUGAGGCCAAAGAAAACCGCCACGCUAUGGCCAAGGCGCUGUAUUCCAGAACCUUUGCUUGGUUGGUGAAUCACAUCAACAAGUGCACCAAUCCUGGCAAAGAUAUGACUCAAUUUAUCGGCAUUCUGGACAUCUUUGGGUUCGAAAACUUUCAAACGAACUCGUUUGAGCAACUCUGCAUCAACUAUACCAAUGAGAAACUCCACAAAUUCUUCAAUCACUACGUAUUUGCUAUCGAACAAGAGACCUACCGUCAAGAAGAGAUCAAGUUUUCGCAUAUCACCUUUACCGAUAAUACAAGAUGUCUGGAGUUGAUCGAAAAACCCCCACGUUGUGUUCUCAAGCUCCUAGCUGAACAAUGUCACAUGCCAGGGGGGUGUGACGCAGCCUACUUGACCAACAUUCAUGCCGAGUUUGAUAGCCACAGAGAUUAUGUGAAAGGAGAUGAUCGACGGAAUUGGGACAAGGAAUUUGGAAUCAAGCACUAUGCGGGCAAAGUGACCUAUACGGUGGUAGGUUUCGUGGACAAGAACCGCGAUACCCAACAGGACGUGUUCUUCGAUUUCCUGGAGAAGUCUUCCAAAACUUUCAUCCAAGAGAUUUGUGAAUACAAGGACCUUAUGAGCAAAGUGGUUCAACUGGGCAGCAACAUCAAUAAGGGAGACGGAAGUCUUUCCAAAGGAACGGUGAAGCGGACCAUGACCAACAAAGCCAAACCAACUGUCAGUGACUCCUUUCGACUUCAACUUCAAGUGCUUGUCGAUGUUCUCGAGUCCACCAAUCCUUGGUACGUGAGGUGUAUCAAACCAAAUAUGAUCAAAGGUCCCAAUAACUUCAAUGAAGCGCUCGUUCUGGAUCAACUUAAGUAUCUUGGCAUGCUUGAAAUCAUUCGAAUUCGAAAACAAGGGUUUCCAAUUCAUUACUCUUUUGAGGAUUUUGUAUUCAAAUACAAAUGUUUGAUGGGUCGAAAAUUGACCUUAAAGGACGCCACUAGCGCCCUUAAGGCUAUAAUGGAUACUCAAGGACUGCCCAAGACUGAAUGGCAAAUUGGAAAGACGAAAGUGUUUCUACGGACUGCCGCCCACGAACCUUUGGAAGAUAGAAGGAUUUGCUUGAUCAACCAAUCUUCAGUCGUGAUACAGAAAAGGUUCAAAGGCUUUAAGGAGCGGAGAAAAUACAUCGAGAUCCGACAAGCCACGUUGAAAAUCCAAGAAUCGUUCUUGGCUUGGCGAUCUAGAAUCAUCUUCCUGAAGAAGAGGCGAGCUGCCCUUGUCAUUCAAUCCCACUUGCGGGGCAUGUUUGCCCGUGAAGUAGCCGCAGCACUUCGAGAGGCCAAACGCGUCGAAGAGGAGCGUAGAAGGAAGGAGAAAUUAGAAGAGGAGCGAAGAAAGAGGGAAGGGGAACGACUUCUCCAAGAGGCUCAAGAUAGCACUGACGACGAGGAAAAGAUGUUGGACCGGAAGAUGAGUUUUGCAUGUUUGGCCGAUAUGAAUCAAUCAGAUGCCGAUAAGGAGAUGAAGAAACUGUCUCAGUUGGCAGAUCAACUGAAUCCCAAACUUUGUGAUGGGAUCAACCCUGAUAACGUGGACUUGGACCAAUUAUUCAACUUCCUCUCGGGUGAAGUCCCCGACUCUCUGAGAUCUGAAUCAGUUGUGUCCGAAUCAAUCACUACGGGUAGCGUCGAAACUGGAGACAAAACGUCCAUUUUGGAUGAAAUCGACCGCCAAAUGAGCGAUCUCCAGAACGAGUUCGAUCAGUUUAGUAUCAAGGACGACGAGCACGCGAUACCCUCCCCUCUUCCUCCUCCUUUAAUGGACGACGAUGACGAUGACGAUCCGCCCCCACCUCCUCGAGAGCAUUCGCCACCCCCACUCCCACCUCCAAUGAUUAGUGGCACUCCUCCAACUAAUAGCAUGACCAUGGGCAAGCCAUCGCUUCCAGAACCUGAAGGUCCACCUCCGCCGCCUCCAAUUCAAAACGGUUAUGCAUUCAACACACCUCAUCUGAGCCAGGAAGUGCGCAACCCACUCAAAGCUAAACUGAAGAAGCCGAAGGAACCGAUUUAUGAAUCCAUCAAACCCCGCCCCGAGCCAUUGGGAGCACCUGCUCCAUCCAUUCAAGAGCAUGUUCCAGUGAAGCAUUCCGACUACCAGACUUCCUUCCUGCCAAAUCAUUUGGCCUCGAAGAGCCAAGGUGCUCCUAAAAUGUAUCACACUGGCUUAAUGGCCACGCAACAUUCUCAGCAGCCAAUUGCUCCUCAAUCACCUCGAAAAGGUACCAAUCUAGAUCCCGAGAGAGAGGCUCGGAAAUUGCAACGUGUACAACGAGGCCUUGAAAAGAUCCAGGAGCAAAAUAUUCAAGCUGAAGUGGAAAAAGAGAAUCUUGACGAGGAAUUUGAGCUUCUCGAAUUCGCCGAGAAUUUCUUCAACGACCACGAGAAGUCCCCACAAGGAACAAUUGUGGGUACAUUGAAGCGGAGCAAAACCAUGGAAUUCUUGAAGAAAACCGACAUGAUUAAGUAUUACAAAGGCACCUCAAUUCCAAACUCACAUAUUCACAUGUUCGAUCCUGAAAACGUUUCAAUCGCGUGCACCAUCUUCAAAGAUUUGUGCAAGUACAGUCGUGGAGAUUAUAAGAACGACACCGAUGUCAAUCUCAUUCAAACCAUCAUCAAAAAUGGCAUUGAGCGCGAGGAACUCCGCGACGAGAUUUACGUGCAAUGCGUCCGACAGCUCAACAACAAUCCCAAUCAAGAACAAAUCGAUCGUCUUUGGCUGUUACUUUGUCUCGUCGUUGUGGCCUUCCCGCCCAGCAAAUCGUUCUUCAAAUACUUCGUGAGUUUCCUGAAGAAGAACAUCGAUGUUGAGGAUCCAAUUCAUCAAUAUGUCGAGUGGUGCCUGGAUAACUGCAAGCAUGUUCAAGUGGCCACACGAAAGAAUCCCCCAUCCACCGUGGAAAUAACCGCCAUGAAGCGAUUAGGAACAAUCGUUUGUCGGUUUUUCUUCUUGGACGGACGAACCAAGGCACUGGACGUUCAUCCAUGCGAUACGGCCAUGGAGGUCCUUCAGAAGAUUGCAGACAAAAUAGGUCUGUUGAAUCUGGAUGGAUGGGCACUGUACCAAUCGCUCCCGGAAGGAGAGGAACACAUCCCCCAACAUCAAUUCCUUUACGACAUCAUAUCUCAAUGGGAAAUGAAUAGUCAACAAAAUCCUAAACCUAGUCAAAAUGUCAAGUCCAGUCCAAUGCACAAUGCAAAAACCCAAACCCUGAAACGACGCCAAUUGGGCGGAACCGAGAAUAGAUUUAUCUUCAAGAAACGUCUUUUCUGCAACACUCGAGAAAUCCCCUCGGAUCCCAUUGAAGUCAGCCUUUUAUAUGCUCAAGCAGUACAUACCGUGGUCAAAGGUGACGAACUUCCAGUGUCGGAAAAAGUGGCCCUUCAGUUGGCUGGUCUUCAAGCUCAAGUGGCCUUGGGAGAACCUCAAAAUGGUCGAUUGGAAUUGUACACAGAUGUAGAUCUGUUCCUGCCUCAACGCAUCAAACAAGCUCGAUUCUUAUCGGACCGAGAAUGGAUUCCCAUUUUAUCCGAAGCCCAUCUUCAUUAUGGCGCGGGCAAAUCCGAAGUCGUGGCAAAAGUGUGGUACUUGAGUUGCGUCAUGCAAUAUCCUCUCUACGGAUGCACCAUGUUCAAUGCAAACUACAAGGGCUAUUGGUCUUACGGGAGUUCCAUCGUGUUAGGAAUCAAUUGUGCUAGUUUCCUCAUAAUCAAACCGGACGACAAGGCCGUGCUAUUUGAAUUUCCAUUUGCGGAUAUAGAGUCCCUACUUCUGGAUCCCAGCGACAAUUUCGUAACGUUAAAUCUGGUUAAAACCGUCGAAGAACGUCAAAGAGUUCACGUCUUUGAAACAACCUUCAAGGCUGAAAUUGGCUCCUUGGUCGCUAGCUAUUGUCCUGCUUUAGCUAACUGGGUGCGAGAGGCUGAUGUACCAAGGCGACGUAUCAAACAAGUCACCAACGAGGAUCGCAUGCGUCUUCAUCAAAAUUUGGUCCAAUGCAGGCGGGCUUUGGUGGAUAGCGAUCUUUUGAAGAAACCCACAGAUGAAACAGGCAACUUUUUUAAAAGCACCCUCAGACGACUUAGUGUCAAGAAAAUGGAGAAAUACAGAGCCGAAGCGCUGGCCAACGAACAAGGUGAAAUCUAUAAAGGCUAUUCCCACGUCUAUUGGGCCUUCACUAAGGGAGGGAUGACCCAAACUCUUGCUAAAAUGGUAGAGCAGGAUGAAACUCAAGCUCUCGAGGUCUUCCAACUCAUUCUAACCUACGCCGGACUUUUGCAACCAAACAAAGACGAUCCACCUUGUAAUAGAGAAGAAGAAGAUCACGUGCUACUCAUCCAAACUGUGCUCGACAAAGCAAUGAAAAAGGAUUGUUUGGUGAACGAACUGUUUCUUCAACUGAUCAAGCAGACCACGGAUCACCCAGAACCUAAUUCAAGGGUCAAUCUAAGGCACUGGUCAUUAGUCGCCUUGGCAUGUUCAGUGAUUCUCCCCGUGGACAAGAUCGUCAGGAAAUACCUUCUGGCUCACUUGAAGAAGUGCUCUGCAGAUUUUGUAACGGAGGAAGGGAAAUACGCUCGAUUUGCCGAGAAGUGCUUCCACAAGACUUUGGGAACCCGCAGACGUCAAUGGCCUCCCUCAAAGCAGGAAAUCCUGUGCACCAUCAAUCGAAGGCCAAUUUACGCUCGCUUCCAUUUCAUGGAUGGUCAAUUCCAUGCCAUUGAAUUUGAUCCAAGCGCUACGGCAGACGAAGUGCUGAAGCUCGUCAAAGCAAAAAUCGGACUGAGGGAUCAUGCCAUGGGUUACGCCAUCUACGAGGUUCUGGGAACACAAGAACGAAGUCUUCUACCGGAUGAGAAAGUGGCUGAUGUAAUGUCCAAAUGGGAAAAAUACCGUUCGGCAGGUGGAACACUCUCAAAGCAAUCUCGGCACCAUAUGUUCUUGUUCAAAAAGCAUCUUUUCCUGGACACUUACAUUGACUUGGCCGAUUCUGUGGAAAAAGAACUUCUCUAUUAUCAAGUUUUGUGCGAUCUCAGAUCUGACCGAUUCCCAGUCACUGACAUGGAAGCCGUAAGUUUCCUCACACAUCGCUUCAUCUCGCAACAAUUGCGAACUAAGAGCCAAAUAAAUUGGGCCAUAUUUCAGGUUAUGCUAUGUGCUCUCCGAGCGCAAAUUGAGCUAGGGAACUACGACUCUGGGGAGGGUGACUAUCGGCAAGUGAUAUCUCAUUGUCUGCCCCCUCGCAUCCUGGUUAAUGUCCAAUCAGACCACGUGGCCAUGCAUCACCAAUCUCUGAUUGGCAUGAACAUUGAAGAGGCCAAACAGGCAUUCCUCAAUCUGAUUCAGUGCUGGCCGCUACACAAAGCUACAUUGUUCGACGUAAACCAAUCAUUCACUUCCAAUUGGCCUAAAACUCUUUGGUUGGCGGUGGAUCAACGGGGUGUGCAUUUACUCGAGUUCCGCACUCGAAACGUUCUAACCUCGUUCGAAUACGAUUCCAUUUUGGACUACACUCCAUCACUAAAUCACCUUCUUCUGAUCACUGGGAGUGACAAGAAGCAAAGCAAAAUAAUCGUCAACACAAACCAAGCGUUCCAAAUUUCUAACCUGAUACGGGAGUACAUCGAAGUGGUUCCCCAUAACGGUGAGGGCGUUUCACCAGGCGAGUUAAUGCCUCCCAACAACAAUGUUAGUCACCAAACAACACUGCCAAUGCAAUCACAACCCCAUUCAUCACAGGCAAUGAUGCAUCACUCAAAUCAGUUCUUCGGUCGAAAUGAUAUUUCCACCGUGGGAUAACGAGUCUAAAGGAACAACUACUACCAGGGAAAACAUUACUAAUUAACUAACUAAUCAAUGAUAACAUCUCCUCCUCAUCACUCAUUAUCACAAAUGUGAACGUUCAUACCAAUUACCAAUGCAUACUAUUUUAGUUCCAUGAUCAAAUCAUUUCUAGGCAUUUUCCUCUCUUGUAUUUGCUUGUUCUUGAUCCGUUUACAGUAACAUUAACAGCCUAGCAGUCAAUUUUGUACUUAGAUAUUUAUUAUCCUUUUCACCCACCAACUUGUAAAGUCCUCAACCAAGAUUGGAUCUUAUUGUGUUGCUCUUCUGAAGUGCUUGCUAUCUCAACGAAUAAAGAUACUUUUGCUCA